AUGGCGACUACAUGCAAGCACUGGGUUGUUCACCGUCAAAUCUGUUGUCGAUGCAAAUCUCGAGUGAAAACGAACGGCUUGGCUAGGAUGACCCAGAUGUCAUCACCUUCUUUUUGGCAAAAAAAAAAAUCAUCAGCUUCUCGUGAUCCUGAUUGCGCUCAUCGAAUGUAUUGCGAGGGUCAAUGUUGCCGAUGCGGAUAUGUCCUUAAUAUUUUUGAUGAGUACGUCCCAUCUUUCAGUUACAUCGGCAGGUAUUUGCAGUUGAGCACCGAGUUCGUGGCUUCUACUAAGCAACACAAGUUAAGGAUCGGGCUAGGACAAAAGAAGCUUCACCUGGUUCUUGGCUUAGAACACAUCCUCAUCCACUGCAUCAAACUCUCCCAGAUUGCUGAUGUUGAUUCAGUAUUAUUAAGAGAUGAUAUAUUUCGUCUUCCUAACGACGACAUAUUGGUCAAGUUUCGACCGUUUGUCCGUGACUUCUUGUCGGAAGCAAAAGAGUUUUUUACCAUGCACGUUUACACAAACUAUGGCCCUGACCAUGCCAAGAAAGUGGUCAGUUUGCUCGAUCCGCAUAUGGUGUAUUUCGGGAAUCGAAUCAUUACAAGUAGAGACAGCGACGGUGGUUUGAAGUCAUUGGAACUUGUUUUGGCGGAACCACGUGGGGUGAUUGUCUUGGACUAUGAACCUAGAUUGUGGAGGGAGCGUGACUUCCCUAACCUGGUCAUUAUAUCUCCCAAGUACGAGUACUUCAAAGCAAACAGCAGCAACAAGGUCGUCGGGGUCCUAGCAAAAGCUCUUAAUUUCUUCAAGAAUAAUAAAGUUUUUCGAGGUGGAGGGAAAGAGAAAGGAGCGUUCUGGUGGUGUUCUGGCUGA